GAGUAUUUACCUUACUGGGGUGAUGUAGAUGGAAUAAAAUAUUUCUAAUAUGUUCUUCUGUAUUCUUGCUAACACACUAUUCUUUCUAAACAAGUCGGCUCUAAGCUUGAAAGAUAGAUACCGAUCAUGAAUAGGAGAUUUGAUAAGUACCGUAAUUCAAAGAACAGCGCGCAUUCUUUUUUUCAUUUAACCACACCAUUUGAGCUAUGACGCCGACCAAUUAGAUCCUUUUUCGUCAGUGUUAACGGAAGUGAACAUUAAAUCAAGAACAAUUUUGUACGUUAGUGUUUUUGAUUGUUGCUAUUUUGACGUUUAUUAACACCCUGGAACUCAACAUAUGACUAAUUUAUCUGCAAAGAAUCACAUACCCCAGGUAGUAUUUAAUUCGCGUUGGAGACUGGAUUUGGUUGAUAGAUGUUAUUUAAGUAAAGCUAGCUAGUAGCUGCUAACAAUGGCUAAACGUAUGGUUUUUCACACUCAAAUAGCCUCCAUUAUGGAGGUGCUAGCGAAUGCAGCUGUGGCAGAGAUCUGUAAACUCGUCGACGACGACUAUGCAGUGUUUUGUUUGGAAAUAACUAAAAGCCAGAAAGAAAACAGGACAUUGCGGACAGAACUGAAAGUGGCACGGGAGCGCGCAGAGAAGACAGCGCGAGAGCGCGCCCUAGCUACUCGUCCCAGUAGUGUCAAGAUCCUCGACCGAUACAGAGGAAUGGCAAGAGGUGAAGGCCACAGGAGCUUUAUGAAGCCAGUGGGACACAACGCGUGGAGAGAUGACCAACCCAUAGCUAUAGAUGAGGGGAGUGGAACCUCACCCCAGCAUGUUAUCGUGAAAGAGUCUGCAGAGGCUGCAGGUCCUGGGGUCAAGCUGGAGAGGUCUGAAGGAGAGGAUCCACGGCACAGCAGAGACAUCCAGGAUGGUGCAGCGUCUGGAGUGGCACCCCCUUUAGCCAUGGAGGACCUCACCACCACACCAGCGCUGCCCAAGACCCGACACAGCAUCACGGACGUCAGUGGAACGCUGAAUGCUGUCCUAAAGUCAGAGACGGACACUACGACUUUAACAGUGCUGGAGCAACUGGGCAGUCCUCCUGGUCGCCACUCUGAGUAUUUACUUUACGGGAGCCCGAGGAAGGUUCUGUCCCAUCAGGACUCAAGUGACACGUUACAGAAUAGCAAUGAUCCGUCCUAUUCAUACACUACAGAGACAGAGAUGAUACCUGAUGACAUGCCUGUGGGCUUAGAUACACAGACUAAUCCAAUGAGAGGGGACUGGAACCAGUACAGCAGUAGUAUAUACUCUGAAGGGUCCCUAGAUAAGAAAGGGGAGGGUCUGGUUGUAGAUCAGGUGACUGUGAAGGGGGAGGGCGACCCUCCUCUGACAUGGAAUGCAGACGAUACUCACUUAGGAGAAGGACAGUCACAGGGCAACACUAGUGACUUCUUAGACUACAGGGAAAGCUUAGAGCCAAAUCCAAAUAUCGCAACCCACUCCCCUUUACACGCGUUCAGGGAUUCAGACCCAGAGUCCACAUCGAUGGCACCUUCCAAUUCACACGGCUGUGUCCUUUUCGAUCAGGUAUUGAAUUCAAAGGAUGUAAGGUCCAAGACUCGAGGGGGGGGAGCAACAUCAGGCAACAGUAAAGAGAAACGGUUCCUCUGCAUGUUCUGUAAGAAAGGCUUCAGCUGCCCCCAGAAGGUGGAGAUCCACCAGAGGGUCCAUACAGGGGAGAAAUUAUUCAGUUGUACCCAGUGUCACAUGCGCUUCACCCAGGCUGGCACCCUGAAGAGACACCAGAGGGUCCACACAGGGGAGAAACCCUUCAGCUGUACCCAGUGUCACAUGCGCUUCACACAGUCUGGCAACCUGAAGAUCCACCAGAGGGUCCACAUAGGGGUGAAACCCUUCAGCUGUACCCAGUGUCACAUGUGCUUCUCCCAGGCUUGGAACCUGAAGAGCCACCAGAGGGUCCACUCAGGUGAGAAACCCUUCAGCUGUCCCCAGUGUCACAUGAGCUUCUCCCACUCGUCCAGCCUGAAGAGGCACCAGAGGGUCCACACGGGGAAGAAAAUGUACAGCUGCCACUAGUUUGGAAAUACUUUUCCCCCACCAGAACCAGCUGAAGAUGCACAUGGGAGAAAGGCCGUUUGCCUGUGAGCACUGCGGGAAGAGGUUAUCAUAGGAGCUACCUCAGGAUACACCAGCAGAAAAAACAUUUCACUAUAUAACGUAGAAAGUAACCAUUCCACUUGAUAGCUUCUGAGUUUAGAUCAAACCUUGCAUUGAAGACAAAGAUACAUUCCGAUUUAGAAUUAGAAGAGUAACAGAUUUCAGUGUUGAAUAUUCCUGUGUAGAAUAUUGCAGCCAGGCAGUGGCCGUGUCCGAAUACCCAUACUAGCGUACUUCAUACUUAAACUGCAUAUUCAUUUUGGCAUUUGAUCUAGUAGAAUUCAGUAAUGUUUUCCGACUCAUGUGUUUGAUAACAGCUGAUAAUCCAAGAAAUUGAUGCGCUGUAUCAAAAUGAAGGCAUGGUGGGAGUCAACGCAAUCCCGCAUUCAGUGUACUUUUUUUCAAAAUGUGACAUAACAGACUUAGCGUGGGGGGGGGGGCUCUUCUGUCUUAACAUCAGUGGGAAGCUGGUUCUACCAUUUGGGUGCCAGGACAGAGAAGCGCUUUGACUGGGCUGAGUGGGGGCUGUACCCUGUAGGGGUGGGACGGCCAAGAGACCUGAGGAGGCAGAACAUAGUGCUUGGGUUGGGGUGUUGGGUUUGAGCAUAGCCUGAAGGUAGGGAGGGGCAGUUCCCCUUGCUGCUCUGUAGGCAAGCACCAUGGUCUUGUCGUGGAUGUGAGCUUCGACUGGAAGCCAGUAGUGUGCCAAAGAGCAGUUGAACACUUUGGGAAGGUUGAACACCAGGCGGGGUGCAGCAUUCUGGAUAAGUUGCAGGGGUUUGAUGGCACAAGCAGGGAGCCCAUCCAACAGAAAGUUGCAGUAGUCUAGACUGGAGAUGACAAGAGCCUGGAUUAGGACCGGCACCACUUCCUGUGUGAGGAAGGGUCGUACUCUACUGUUGUAGAGCAUGAACCUGCAGGAAAGUCACUGCUUUGAUGUUUGCAGAGAAUGACAGGGUGUUGUCCAAGGUCACGCCAAGGGUCUUUGCACUCUGGUAGGGGGACACAGUGGAGAUGUCAACCAUGAUGGAGAAGUCUUGGAGUGGGCAGACCUUCCCCGGGAGAAAGAGCAGUUAUGUCAUGUCGAGGUUGAGCUUGAGGUGGUGGGCUGACAUCCAAGCUGAGAUGUCUGCUAAGCACACAGAGAUAUGUGUGGUUUUCAUAUGGUGUAUUUAACACUUGUUUAUGUUUAAUAAACACAAAAUGGGACUUUU